GAAAAGAUGGACGGCCAGGACCAAAAUUCAAAUCAGCUUCAGGAACGAGUUCAAGCUCUGACAGGAGAAAAUUUGCAGUGGCGUGGCAAAUACGAGCGUGUCCUCACCAAAGUGGGCUACCUGGAGACCAGACUGAGCCACCUGGCCAGCUCCAACACAGACCUGUCCUGCAGGCUGGUCCAGAGUGAAGAGGAAAGACUGAAGAUCUAUAAGGAGCUUGUAGAGGAGAAACUUAAGGCUAAUAAGAUAAGAGAACAGUAUGAAGAAGAGACAUUUGAGCUGAAAACCAAGGUACUUAACCAAGAAGGUGUGAUAACAGAGCUGGAAAUAGAGCGAGACAGGUUGCUCAGGGAACUGCAGUCCACUGAGACAUGCCUGAAAGGGAAAGAGACUAGUGGCCAGGACUUGACUGAGGAAUAUGCCACACUAAAGAAGAACUACCAGAUUCUGGCUGAGGUCCACGAUAAAGAAUUAGCCAAGAGUGGAGCGCUCACAGCAGAGCUGCUGGUGCUGGCCCAGGCCCAGGACGCCCUCCGCAGGCAGCUGGAGGAGCAGCAUCAAUGUGUGAAGACCAGCACCGAAGGUCUUCAUGGGGAGCUAGACAGGGUGCGGGCUUUGAUCACCCGCAUGUCACAUGACACAGUCAAGCCUGAGGAACAAGCAGAGAUGGAGAAGGAGCAAAAAAGCAUGCAGAAAACUCUGCUUGAAAACCAAGAUGAGAUCAAAGACAAGCUGGAGGAAAUGAAGAGCAGCUACAAGGAGCAGCAGAAGAAACUGGAGGAGAAAGUGGUGGCGAUGGGUAAAGAGCACCAGCAGAUCCACAGAGCGAUGCACGUUAGCCAGCAGAAAGUCUCUGAGCAGAGUGCGGCCCUGAUGUGCUCUCAGAGACAAUUAAAGGAGGCAGAGGAGGAGAACUCCAAGCUGCAGCUGCAGGUGAAAGAGCUGAUUGAGGAAUAUCGCACAAGGCUCGUGUGCUACUUACAGGACAUAGCUGACUACAUCGAUGGGCUUGAAGAAAGUAAAAGGCCGUCAGAGCCGAGUAAGAUGAGAGGAUUCAUCGACAGCAUGCUGCAGGAUGUUCGUUUAUCCUACAGGGCGAGGGAGGAGCAGCUCGCCACUGCUGCUCGCUCGUAUAAGAAGAGACUACAGAGGAUCACCCAAACUCAUCAUGCCCUCCUGAUUGCAUACAGGCUUCAGAGGGAGCAGAUCUUGGCCAAACCAGAGAAUGGUCUUGAUCCCGGACCUCCAGAAGCCCACUUCAACUUGGAGCCAACUGAACUGAAAGAUGCAAUGGAGAAGGAGCUCCAACAACUGCACCAGGACAAAGCAAGGCUGGAAGGUCAGCUGCAGGCGGCCUGGGAGCAGGUGGCUACGUUCAAAAUACCCAUGCAAAAUAUAAACCGUCAGCAGCUGGACAAACCGGAGCAGCGAUUCGAAGAAUCCUGUGGUGACAUAAGAAAACAGCUGAAGGAGCCCACUGACUCCACACCGGUGUCCUUUGAGAAGGAGCGUGCCCUUCUCAUGACCAGAGUGACAGUUGCAGAGGCUCAGGUGCUGGAGUUGCAGGACUAUAUUGAAAAGCACCUGAGCAGGUCAGGAAGUAGCUUGAUGUGUAGGUUAUAAAACGUCGGCUCUCAGACGCAUGCUACAUUGGUCUUGACUACUGAUUGCAGGUAUGAACAAGAGAUCGCACAUCUGCGCGGAUUACACGGGACAGUAGAGGAGGCGGGGCGUUCCCAAAGCGCCAAAU